AUGAAGCAGAAUCUAUUGUCUUCCCAGAGUUUAGGUGCGUUUCCGAGUCCAGGAGGAGCCAACCAUCAAGAUAACAACAAAGGAUGGAGUUCAGAGAGAAUUCCACACCCUUCAUCAGGCAGCAGCAGGAGGCAUAUAAGUGCCUUAACUCCUUUUUAUAGUGGCAGGGCUUUGCCUUCUAAAUGGGAAGAUGCAGAGAGGUGGAUAUGCAGUCCAGUUUUGGGCUAUGGUGUAGCUAAAAGUUCACAGUGUCAUCCUCCAAGGCGGGCCAAGUCAAAAAGUGGGCCUAUUAAUGUGCCUCCUGGGAAUUGUUCACCUUCAAUGGGGUUUCUUGAUGGUGGGAUUGUGAGAAAUUUCAUGUUAAAUUCUCCAUUUUCGACCGGAGUCUUGAUGCCUGACGGGGUUGGUGUUCAUUAUCGUGGAAUUGGAGGUGGUAAUGGUGGGCAAAGUCAUGUGAAACGUUUGGCUAGUGCUCCUGGCUGCUCUGAUUUGGUUAACGAAUCUUCGUCUUCCAGCUCUCAAGAUGAAAAACCUGAAGGCGUUGGUGACGCAAGCAACACAGUUGAUCGCAUUAUUUCAAGAAGGGAUAUGGCAACACAAAUGAGCCCCGAGAGUAGCACCCACUCUUCUUGUAGACGAAGGUCCUCUUCUCCUCCCUCUAUAGCUCCUGUACUGGAGCCACCUAGUGACCAUUCUAGUAAAUUGGAAAUCAGGGAAGUCCAGGUAGACAAAAGAGCCACAGUGAUUAGGUGGUCCAAAAGGCCUGGUUCUCAAAGAAUUAAGAGGAGACAGCCAGAUGUCGAGGACUUCAAUCCAAAUGCUGCUGAUGCUCGCUCUUCGUCUUGGGAUAUUUCAGAGGCAGUAUCAGAUUUUUCAAAGUUGCAGAGAGAGGAAGCCAAGAUCACUGCAUGGGAGAAUUUACAGAAAGCAAGAGCAGAGGCAGCCAUACGGAAACUUGAGGCAGGAACACCAAGUUACCCAGAAAUGCCACAAGAUCAAGCUCUUCCACAAGCAUGCUCGUUUGAGUUCCUUGGCUAG